UUUUUUUUUUUUGCCAGCUGUCAGUGACGCAACAUCUUCUACAGACUGCAUGAGAAAUACAUGCGUAGAAGGGCGUGAACUUGGACACUAUCCUUCUUCUCAUUAUUGAGGUAUAUACACUUCACAUAAAGCCAGUUUUGCUCAGUUUGCAGCCCCUCUCUUGCCUACCCGCUCAUCUGAACUCAUCUCGGGGAAAUAAUGGAUAUCAAAGCAGACUCGGAGGACAUGGAGUACAAACGUCCGGCUCCUAUUGAAGUUUUCGCCAGCAGAUCCACGCUGCACGGCAUCUCCCACAUGUUCACGUAUGAGCGGAUGUGUAUCAAGCGCACCUUGUGGAUUUUGUUUUUCUUGAGCUCCGUGGGCGUACUGGUGAUGGUGUGCGUGGACCGGGUGCAGUUCUACUUUCAGUACCCACAUGUCACCAAACUGGAUGAGGUGGCGGCUCCGAUGAUGGUGUUCCCCUCGGUCACCUUCUGCAAUCUCAACUCCUUCCGCUUCAGCCGGGUGACACGCAACGACCUGUACCACGCUGGGGAGCUCCUUGCCUUGCUCAAUGGCAGGUACGAGAUCCGGGACCCACACCUGGUGGAAGAAAAUGUGCUGCAGAUCCUGAAGGAGAGAGCCGACUUUGACAACUACAAGCCCCGCCCCUUCAACAUGCGUGAAUUCUACGACAGAACAGGCCAUGACAUAAAGGACAUGCUGCUGUCCUGCUUCUACCGGGGAAUGGAGUGCAGCGCUGAGAACUUCAAAGUGAUAUUCACACGCUAUGGAAAAUGCUACACGUUUAAUUCCGGGCAAGAUGGACGACCCCUGCUGGUGACGAUGAAAGGGGGGAUGGGUAACGGCCUGGAGCUGAUGUUGGAUAUCCAGCAGGAUGAAUACUUGCCUGUGUGGGGAGAAACUGACGAGACAUCGUUUGAAGCAGGGAUCAAAGUUCAGAUCCACACCCAGGAUGAGCCGCCCUUCAUAGACCAGCUGGGCUUUGGAGUGGCUCCAGGCUUUCAGACCUUUGUCUCCUGUCAGGAACAACGGCUGACAUAUCUGCCUCCACCGUGGGGGGACUGCAAGGCCACUCCGAUGGACUCUGACUUCUUCAGCACUUACAGCAUCACAGCCUGCAGGAUCGACUGUGAGACACGAUAUCUGGUAGAGAACUGCAACUGCAGGAUGGUUCAUAUGCCGGGAGACGCCCCAUACUGCACCCCCGAGCAGUACAAGGAGUGUGCAGAUCCUGCCCUGGACUUUCUUGUCGAGCGGGACAAUGAUUAUUGUGUGUGCGAGACGCCAUGCAACCUGACGCGCUACGGUAAAGAGAUGUCCUUUGUAAAGAUUCCCAGCAAAGCAUCAGCCAAAUACCUGGCCAAGAAAUUCAACAAGACAGAGCAGUACAUAUCUGACAACAUCCUGGUUCUGGAUAUUUACUUUGAAGCACUAAACUAUGAGACCAUCGAACAGAAGAAAGCCUACGAAUUGGCAGGGCUUCUGGGUGAUAUCGGAGGACAGAUGGGUCUCUUCAUCGGAGCGAGCAUCCUCACCAUUCUCGAACUCUUUGACUAUCUAUAUGAGGUGAUCAAGUACAAGAUGUGCCGAUGCAUGAAGAAGAAACACAAAGGCCGUAACAACAAUGACCGGGGAGCUGUGCUGAGCCUGGAUGAUGUGAAACGCCAUGCUCCUUGUGAGAACCUGCGUACCCCAUCCACAUAUCCUGGCAACAUGCUACCUCAUCAUCCGGGCCAGGGCAACUUUGAAGACUUCACUUGCUGAGCAGACGUGGAUGGAGCAUUGUAAAAGCG